UCUUUCUCCUCUCCUCCCCCACCGUCUCGCAACGGGUUUCCCCUUGCGAACUCUUUUUGCGUCCCCAUCGCCAUUGUUCGCCUUCCCCACCUCUCAAAUUGUCACCUUUCCGCUUCGCCUCCCCGCAAUAGCCCGGCCCAACUCUCGGUUUUGGAGCUUCGGGCGUGUGCUCCUGGAGGUUUCCAAGAGUGUUCGUGUUUGGAGGUCAUCGGUGUCGGAGGGUCUGUCAAUGAUGCAGGUUCUUCGCCCCGUGUUGGACGAAUGCAUAUUACGUCGUCAAGAUCGGCUGGGGUGAUUUUUGUCCUGAAGCUGUUGGCAUUCCCUGUUUUUUCAGCACUUCGUGUUUUGAGGGUGACCAUUUCUUGCCCGAGACGACUGAUUUAGCAAUCCCAAGAGAGGGUGAUUGUUGGUCGAGAGCAACGGGGAUGAGAAGGUAGGAGUGCAGCUGAGGGGGUAGAAAGGUGGUGAAGGGAUCAUGGAUGUCUCGCCGGAAGUCUCCGGUGGUGGCACGCGCCUGAAAGGAGCCGCAGGCGGGGCGGGUACCGACGACCGCAUCAAGGGACCGUGGUCGCCUGAGGAAGACGUUGUGCUGAACCGGCUCGUGGAGAAAUUCGGAGCGAGGAACUGGAGUCUGAUUGCGCGUGGCAUCCCUGGCCGGUCCGGGAAGUCGUGCCGUCUGCGCUGGUGCAACCAGCUUAAUCCUGGCGUCAAGCGCAAACCCUUCACAGAGGAGGAAGAUCGUGCAAUAGUGGCAGCGCAUGCGAUUCACGGCAACAAAUGGGCAUCCAUAGCUCGGAUGUUGCCCGGCCGGACAGACAACGCUAUCAAAAAUCAUUGGAACUCGACGCUUCGGCGGAAGCACAUGGGUGACGACCGGGGUCGCAAGGAGGGCUCGUCGGAUGGGUCGGAAAAGGGGAAAGAGGACGGCAGCGACACGGAGCGCACUCCUCCAGGCCGCGACAACGACAACGAUAUGGGUGACGACUCAGGCCGCGACUAUGACGGUGAUGAUUUCGCAGUUUCCUCUGACACCCCACAUUCGUGGCCGCCACAUACUUCGGAGAAGACGGUAGCCGGGGAGAUCAUCAUGGACGGUAGAUCGCACCUCCGUUCUAAUCAGUUGGAACGAGAUAGCCAGCAUGAUGUGCCGGCUUCAGCUUCUGCCAAAUCGCCGGAGGGUAAACCCAUCCGGCCCGUACCUCGCCCGAGCGCUUUCUCCUGGUACAGGAAAGUGGGGGCGAAUAUGAGUUUUGUAGAGCCUGGCUCUCCAUCUGUCUCUCUGUCCUCGCAUGGCGACGGUGGCGCUUUGAACCCCACCACUGUCUCGUCCUUCAUGCCUCCGUUCUGGAACUGGAGCAUGCCUGAGGCCCCAAGCAAUUGCGGUCGCGGGUGUUGCCCACCUCAACCCAGUGGGCGGCCGGCUGAAACGUCGAUUUCCCCGAAAGGUCCCUUGAUGGGACCAGACUAUGUGGAGUUCGGCGAGGAUGGAUUUGCCGCGGUCGCACCAACGGUAGCAACAAUGCAGGCCAAUUUUGCUACAUUGAACUAUACUAGCGCCACAUCGCAGCUCCUCUCGUCAGCGAUCCAUGCUGCUGUGGCUGAGAUUGUGGUGCCAAUGCUGCAAGGGCAGGUAAAGCAAGUCACAGAGAGCUUCUUGGCUGUGGAGAAAGAUUGCAGGUCGAGCUCACGGUUGGACAUGGGGCUGAUGCGGGAGAUCGUUGCGCAAGAAAUCUCCCGUUACACCAGCAUGCGAGUACCAGAACCAAGUUCGAAGUAAGGUAGUCAUCUGUGCAGGUUUUGUAUCUUGUAUGUACAUCCCACUCGCAGUGCGUCAGCUGAAUUAACAGUCAUAACUUUUUGACGUGAGAGGUAAAUCAUGUAUAGAGGAAUGAAAAAAGCCGUAAUUAAUUUAUGUCCGAGACUCUGGUAACAUUGGAAAGGAGGCUGUGAAACAAGCACAUCGUGCGAUCUGCAAUGGCACGGGGUUCUAUGCUGAUAUUUCCUAUUGGAACAUGAACACAGUGGAAUCCUUGAGCGGCAUUUCGUUUGCAUCUGGUAGCUACGAGUACAUUGAAUCUGCAAAGUGCAUUUCUUCAAUUGUACAAAUGGAUUGACUUGAGCUAGUUGGUUUGUCACGCCGAUUCUGCUAUUCUCAAUAAACUCAAUAUUAAGUGCA